CGCAGUGGCCACGCACGGCGGCGCCGGAGAAGACUACCGCUCCCAGCGCGCACCGCGCGGCGGGCGGCUGUAAACAAACAGCGCGGAGGGCCAUGGCGCUCGGGGGCUGCGUUGCGGUCCGCUGAGUGCCGGGGUCCCUUCGCGGGGGCCGGGGGCACCCAUGGACGACAGCAAGGUGGUUGGAGGCAAAGUAAAGAAGCCAGGCAAGCGAGGUCGUAAACCAGCAAAAAUAGACUUGAAGGCAAAACUUGAAAGAAGUCGUCAGAGUGCAAGAGAGUGCAGAGCCAGGAAGAAGCUGAGGUACCAGUACCUGGAAGAGCUGGUUUCAAGCCGAGAGCGAGCCAUCUGUGCUCUCAGAGAAGAGCUUGAAAUGUACAAGCAGUGGUGCAUGGCAAUGGACCAAGGGAAAAUCCCCUCUGAAAUAAAAGCCCUACUAACUGGAGAGGAGCAGGGCAAAGCACAGCAGAACUCAACCAAACUUGCCAAGGCUGGGAAGACAGAAGCAAACAGCAGCAAUCCCUGAGCUGAAUGCAGAACCUUCCACACUGCAGCAGAGAUAACUUGGUAGCUACCAGAAGAAUGCUGUUAUCAGAGAAGUGGAUGCAUCCCUCGGUCCAGGGGGAAGGGUGCCAAUCUGCUGUCUUCUCUUUGCUCCUCCCCACACGAAACUCUUUGCUUGUGGUGUUCAUAAACCUGCACAGAGUGGGGCUUCUGGGGUAAUAGGUGUUUCUGUAAGCGGAGCCUGGUUCUUCCUUUCUCUACACCUCCCUCCCCAAAUACAGCUAUGUAGCUUUUGGACAUUCCCAGUAAGAGAUGAGGGCUGCCUUUGUAUUAGAGGCAUGAGCCCAGAAUUAGACUGGCCUUGCGGUCAGUAGUUAUGUGGUUGGUAACCAUUGUGGGAAACUGAGAAAUUCUGUAACAUAAAAGCAAGAGGAGGAAUCCCGUAACAGCUUUGCUAAAGCUAAAUGGAAUAUUAUAGGUCAAGAAAAAGGGGCCUCAUCAAAAGCUUUCAAUAAGAAGAUAUAUAAUAAUGUUACUUGCAACCUAGGUAAAAGUGUUGCUUUCAGCAUCCUUUUAUAAUGCAGCAUGUAUUUUAUGUUACUGGUGCUCUUGAAGAGGUACUAUGUCUAUGCCCAUACUUCUUACCCUCAGUAAGAUAGUCAGAACAUCUCCCUGCACCCUGCUUCUAGCAGUGGAAUAACUGCCACCUAUUCCCACCUGUCAAGUGCUGCUAUUUUUCUGUAUCUACCUAUAGUUUGGGUCCAGGUAUCUUCCUAGGCUGCAAUGUGAUAUGAACUCUGCUGUGCUAUCCUGAUUUCCCAGCCAAAGAUAAUGCCAAGAACUGGUAGCAAGGAAAACAAGUUGCCUCUGUUUGGUCUCACCAUAAGAGAGACAAUGGCAAAAGUCUUGUGGGCUGGUUCAGGACACUGACAGAUAACCUGCCACUUUAUUUAGAGUGCACUUUCUUCUGUACAUGCUUUUUGUGUAUGUAUGAUGAAAUGUGAAGAGUGAAGCUCUCAGUUUUUUCAGUGGGGCUUUUGCUUUGCUUGUUCUGUUUGUGACAAUGUCUUUCUCUUUAUUUUAUGAGAUGCAUGGAAUGUUUUUUAAUCUUAUGUUUUCUUUGUUUCAUAGAAUAAAUAUUAUAAUGAAUGA